AUGGCAUUCCCUGUGGAUUUGCUGGAUAACUCCACACAUGAGGAAUUGGAAAAUUCUGCUGAGGAUUACCUCUCCAACUUAAGGUGUGGGGACCCUGAAAAUCCAGAAUGUUUUUCUAUUCUUGAUUUUACGAUUCCCGUUAGCCUGUCAAACGUGGGGUUUGUACCUCUUUAUGGUGGCAAUCAGACCCAGAAAAUUCUUGCUCUCUUUGCACCUGAGGAUUCACUUACAGCUGUGGCACUUUACCUUGUUGGUCAGUGGUGGGCCAUUGAUGAUAUUGUGAAAACAUCUGAACCUUCUAGAGAGGGACUGAAGCAGGUGAGCACUCUUGGAGAAAGAGUGGUUCUGUAUGUUCUCAAUCGAAUUAUUUAUAGAAAACAGGAAAUGGAGAGAAAUGAGAUCCCAUUCCUGUGUCAUAGCAGUACUGACUAUGCUAAGAUUCUGUGGAAGAAAGGAGAGGCCAUUGGGUUUUAUUCAGUUAAGCCUACAGGAAGCUUAUGUGCCUCAUUUCUUACUCAGAAUUACCAACUGCCAGUUCUUGAUACAAUGUUUAUAAGGAAGAAACAUAGAGGAAAAGAUUUGGGCCUUCAUAUGCUGGAAGAUUUUGUUGAUUCUUUUACAGAAGAUGCACUUGGCUUACGGUAUCCACUGUCUUCUCUCAUGUACACAGCCUCGAAACAAUACUUUGAAAAGUACCCAGGAGACCAUGAACUUCUUUGGGAAGUUGAAGGUGUGGGUCACUGGCAUCAGCGAAUACCAGUCACCAGAGCAUUACAGAGAGAGGCUAUUAAAGUCACAGACAUUUCUCAAUAUGAAGCCAAAAGGCCUGUGUCUGGAGAAUAUGGUCUUGCUGCUGUACCGGAAUAUGAACCUGGAAUGGAAGAGAGUCAGUCUAGUGAGCUGCAGAUCCAUUCCCUAAAAGAUGCCUUUGCUGGCACUUCUGAAGGUCCAGAAAAGACUCCUGUUUCCACUCGUACUCGGAGCAGUCAUCUAAAGCGACCAAAGAUUGGAAAGCGUUUUCAGGAUUCUGAAUUUAGUAGUUCUCAAGGUGAAGAUGAAAACUCUGCCCAGACUUCACCUAUGGCUUCCAUAAACAAAAUAGAGUAUGCUGCACGAACAUCAGAGAGCUCAGAAGAAUUCCUUGAAGAAGAACCUGAGCAGAGAGUGACUGGAUUUGAGGAGGAAAGCAGUGAUAAAGAUGCACAGUCUGCGCUGGAAAUUCAGCCACGCCUGCAGAAACAAGACAGGGACAAAGACUCUGCAUUAGAGCCUGUGAAUGGUGAGGUAAUGGAUGCUGCCCUCAAGCCCUCCCUUACAGCUGAAGAGGAGGAUUCCACCAGUGAGGGGCUUGAGGAAGAGGUAAAAGGUCCACCUUUUAAUUCCAGUGGAGAACCUGGGCAUUCUAUUCCACUGGUAGCAGAGUCUUCAAAAGCAUCUGAGGCUGCACUAGACAAGACCUCACCUGUUACUGACUCAGAAAAGUUGACCGAUCAAGGCCCAUCUGAUGAUAAAGGACAUACUGAAGAAAAUCUGUCCCCAGUUUCAAGAAAGAAAACACUUUUGGGGAGCUCAGACAAUGUUGCCACUGUAUCAACUGAAGAAAAGUCCGAUGGUGAUUUUCCAAAUUCUGUGGUAUCAGAAUUUCCUGAAGAUCCAGUCUCUGAGAAUUUAUCACCCAACACUACUUCCUCAGUGGAAGACCAGGGUGAGGAGGGGGUACCUGAGGCCCAGGAACCAUCAGCAGCUACUCAGAGUUCUCUGAUAGAGGUAGAACUUGAGGACGUGUCAUUUCCACAGAAUGCAGGACAGAAGAACCAGUCAGAGGAACAGUCUGAGGCGUCUUCUGAGCAACUGGAACAGUUUACACAGUCAGCAGAGAAGGCUGUGGAUAGCAGCUCAGAGGAGAUUGAAGUGGAAGUUCCUGUAGUAGACAGACGCAAUCUGAGAAGAAAGGCCAAAGGGCAUAAGGGACCUGGCAAAAAGAAAGCCAAGCUGACCUGA